AUGGCAGUGGCGAAGGUAGUUUCCCUCGUUCGCAGCGAUAAGCCCGGCGCCCUUGCCCUCGUCGGCCCCACAGGCUGUGGCAAACGCCACGCGAUCGCAGAGGCAGCGCGCCAGGCGGGCGUGGCCGUCACUCACCACGACCUCGCGCAAGGCGCCAUACAGUGGGGCAGGCUCGGUAGUCAGCAGCUGAUUUCGACGGGCCUCGUGCGCAGCGUCUACGUAAUCUCGAACGCAUCCGAGCACUUCUUGAAGGGUUUCGCGUUCGUAAAGAGAACGCGCGCGAAAAUCAUUCUGGUGGCAGACGACGCUGGCCCGAGCAUGAGAGCUAGCGGCGUGGCCGUCGCGCGAACGCAGCCGAUGUCGGCCGACGCGAUGGCGAAGCAGCUGUUCCAUGAGGAUGGCUGGGACGCCGAGGCGGCUCUGCGGAGCGCGCAGGUGGCGCAAGGGGACUGGCGCAAGCUCCGCAGCACCGCCGAGAUCUUCCGCCACGGCAACGAACUCACAGCGGACACGGACCUCGUCGAGAGCUCGCGCAAGGACGCCGCGACGUCGGCCCUCCACCCGUCCCUCGCGGCAAAUCAGCUGCUCAACGGAACGGCGGACCCCGGCUGGGCCCUGGACCCCAUGGUCUUCGCUUGGACAGAGAGAAACCUCGGCCUUCAUUGCGACUCCAUCGAAGAGAUGGCGCGCAAACAGGGGCUCGCAGCGCUGGCCGACGUAAUGCAAACCGACGCCAUCAAGUGCCAGGAGCCCUGCCACGCGGGGCCGGAGCUCUUCGCGCUUGGCGCGCGCAACCCGUCGAAAUGCGUGCAGCACACUUUCGGCCUGCACGCAAACCCGCGGCAAAAAGACGAAAAGUCGGCGGCCCUGCUCGAGGCGAGCUAUAACCGGCGGCGGCCGACGGCUUUUAGGUUCAAGCAGGCCGCUCUGGCCCAAGAGCGCGAGGAAGCGGCUGGCUGCGCGCAGGUGGCACCUCCCGGCGCCAAGCGCCCGCGCAGGGCCGCCACGGCUAAGGCGGCAACCUCUGCCGGCAAGAAGGCGAAUGAGCUGGUGGCCGAGGUCACCGCCCGGAGCUUCGGGGCCUUCAAGCGGCAGCAGCCCGGAAAGGUCGCCCUGUUGCUCCCCAUCGGGGACGACGGAGAAGUGGUACUCGACACGUGCAAGAGGGUCGAACUGCUGCCGGGCGGCCGCUACGAGGCGCGCCUCUUGAGUAGGGUGCGAAUCCCGUCCGAGGUCGCCAACGAGCUGCGCGGCUGCGACGCGCGGAAAGAGGCACGACGCCGCGCGGCACCUCCAAAGAUUGUUUCUCACGCAACCGCGCCGCACACGGCCUAUUUUAUCCAGUCAUCUGUGCACCUGCGGGCCGCGCUGCCGUUCGGAGGUCCGAGCGAGCGGCCCGCCGAUCCCGCGCUACAGCCGCCCGGCCCUCCCUCGCUCGACCGAAUCCCCCACGAGCUGCGCGGCGAGCACUUCCGACACCGGCUCUUGUGGAUCACGCGCGUGCAGACCUUCACGCUCGACACCGCGAGCCCGAACGACCAGCCGCAGCUGCGUCCGCGGCGAGCUUGUGGAUAG